GGUAAAUAGUACCCUCCUUUUCCUCGCAUCUCAUUAACUGAGUCCCGUUGUAGCUAUAGGUGAAGCUGCCUCUCUCAGCCAUACUGAAGCAGGUGUCCAACAUGGCGAACGCUGGCAGCGGCUCUCUCGCGACUAUUCUCUUUUUAAUCAUGGUUCAAGCGGCUCUACACAAAGGAGCUGCACAGUAUCCAGUGGUGAGUCAGAACCUGGUGACAGACAAUGUGUCGGUGGUGGAGGGCGAGAUGGCGAUCAUCAGCUGUCGGGUGAAGAAUAAUGAUGAUUCUGUUAUCCAGCUGCUCAACCCCAACAGACAGACAAUUUACUUCAGAGACAUGAGACCACUGAAAGACGCUCGCUUUCAGCUGGUGAACUUCUCAGACAACGAGCUGCGGGUGUCGCUGUCUAAUGUCUCGCUGUCAGACGAGGGUCGAUAUGUUUGUCAGCUCUACACAGACCCCCCACAGGAAGCCUACGCUGACAUCACUGUGCUAAUUCCUCCAGGUAACCCCAUCAUCGAGGCCCGAGAUGAGGUCCUGAGCGAGGGCAACGAGACAGAGAUGACCUGCACGGCCAUGAGCAGUAAGCCUGCCGCCAGCAUCAAAUGGAUGAAGGGCGAUAAAGAGCUUCCAGGCAAGCCCAGAGUUGAGCUGACCUACGAUAAGAUGUACACAGUAACCAGCCGGCUGACAUUUACCGUUAGUAAGGAGGAUGAUGGUGUACCAGUGGUUUGCAUCGUAGACCAUCCUGCAGUCAAGGACUUUCAAGCACAGAAGUACCUGGAGGUGCAGUACAAACCAGAGGUAAAGAUCGUGGUAGAAUUUCCUCAGGGUCUGACCAGGGAAGGAGAGAACCUGGAACUGACAUGCCAGGCCAAAGGCAAACCCGAGCCACAGCGGGUGAAUUGGGUGAAGGUGGAUGAUGACGUACCAUCCCACGCUGUCAUCACCGGCAGUGAUCUUUACAUCGAAAACCUAAACAAGUCCUACAAUGGAACCUACCGCUGUAUGGCCUCCAACUCAGUGGGGGAGUCUUUCGAUGACUACAUCCUCUACGUUUAUGAUGCUCCUACCACUACCCCUAUACCCACCACAGCCACUACCACCACCACCACAAUCACCACCACCCUCUCCUAUCCUGAAGGCAAUCCAGACACUACGCCCAGCACUGAACCUGCAGCUCAUGAUUCACGAGCUGGAGAAGGAACACCCAGAACAGUGGACCACGCAGUAAUUGGAGGAGUGGUGGCCGUGGUCGUCUUUGCCAUGCUCUGUCUACUCAUCGUCUUGGGGCGCUACUUUGCAAGACACAAAGGUACCUACUUCACACACGAAGCCAAAGGAGCAGACGAUGCAGCGGACGCAGAUACAGCAAUCAUCAACGCAGAGGGUGGUCACACCAACUCGGACGAAAAGAAAGAGUACUACAUCUAAUCAAAACAGGACCCCUCACUCUAGUGUCCUCUUUUGGACACUGGGCUGUUUUUGAGGCUGGGGCAUGGGUAGAGAGGGGGGGGCAUUCGAUGAAGGGAUUUCAGAUGGUUCAUGAUCACUUUUAGUGAGAGUAGAGGGGUUGAGAAGUAGAGGAGAGAUGGGGUUUUAAAGAAAGGCCUGGUUUUAAGCCGUUGUUUAGUCUAGUCUGCAGAUGUAGAUGGAAUGUUUUGUGUGUAAAAAAAAAAAAAAUGGAAAAAAAAAUAUGAAAAAAGGAUAAAAAAAAUGGGAGGGAUUGGGUUUUCGGUAAAGAUGGGGAUGGGGUUGGGGGUGGGAUGAUGCGCCAGAUGUUGCCAGAAAUCACUGUAGAGAGCUUCACCAUUUGACACCUCCCUUACUGCUGGUACGAAUUUUAUUUAGUUCAGCCAUUUGCAGAAAAUUCUGUGCCUUGUUCUAUCCAUACUUUGGAUUUGUGUUGAUCCUCAUUUGCAUAACCUUGUUGUUCCCCUUUUCCUGUUUCAUCUUUCCCACUCGUAAUUAUCAAUGUGCUGUUGGCUUUUGUAUGAGGGUAAAAUUACACAGCCACUUUAUUCAUUUCCCUAAAUGUUUCUGCACAGACGCAUCCUCUCCUGCAUAACAAAAACUCUUUCCAGUAUACUGUGAUUUGUCUCAAGCCAUUACUUCUCUUUCUGUUUUUUUUCUCCUGAAGUUUUGACAGCCCCCAAAAUGCAUGGAAUGCUUUACAUAUCAUUGUACAAAGGACAUAAAUGAGAAACAGGUUUGAUGUACUGUAUAUGCCUUCCUUGCCCCCUCCCAAACAUAACCAUAUUCAAAACAUAAUCAAAAAGCAAGCAGCAAAGGAUAAUAUGAAAUGAUUUUAUUAGGCCAGUUCAGUUAAUUUGUGUUUUGCAGCCUCAGUUUGUUCUUCAAAGUAGAAAUACUACUGCCUCUUAAACAAUUACCUUUCUUAGUAAAGAGAAGUAGUACAUGACAUUUCAUUAUUUGAGUAUUUUCCUCUGUUCAAAACUAUUUUUCUUUUAUUUGGCUGAAUAGAAGUUAUGUUGUCCCAUCAGUUUUUAUUGAGUUGUAAUGAUGAGAUUCAGUUGAUUUCCAUCUGCUCUCACUCUAGAUUUUUUCGCUGAUAAAUGGGAACGAAAGAAAAUGUAAAUUGUUUUAAAAAUGUUUUUGGCAGACUCUGAGUCAAGAUGCUUCAGUAAUAAAAAGGCUGUUGAAAAAACAUUUGGUUUUAAAAUUGGCCAACAAGCAGCCAAAAGAUGCUGGUGGAUACUGUACAUAACAUUUACAGAAAAAAACAGAAACAGCCUUAACCAAACUACAAACUCAAACACAUUCAAAUGUAUUUUAGAAAUACAUAAGCUGCACAAAACAUUUUAAAAAAUGGCAAUGGCAGCCCAGGUUUUCAAAUCAGAGGGUUCAUGUUAUCUCAUAGUGACACAAUCCAAUGUAAAUCAAGCCAACGAAAUCACAGCUGUAUUGUACACUAAUCCUUACUAAGAAAUAUUUUUUACAACUUACUAGAAUUACAAUGGAGUACCUUUGUGGAUUAUAUUGUGUCACACUCAUUGUGAGUUUUGUCAAAAUGUAACACAAGCAAAUGUUUGGGAAAGUAAAUGUCAAACUGAAAUGCUCUGAGAGACGGGCAAGUCUUUCCACUUCCAUCACACCUUUUAAAUCUAUAUUUUGCUUUGAUGCAGCAGCUUGGGUGCUUAAUCAUUCAGUGGUUUUUUGCAUGUGUGUGUGUACUUGCUAAAAUCCAUUCUUUUUGCUUUCCCUAUCUUGCUUUAUAUAUCGCCUGCCAAAACUCAGUGAGGAUCUUUUUUUGCUGUGCCAGCUGGGGAGCACUGAGGAAUGCCAAAAGUAAUUAAUUGUGUGCAACUGAACUUAAUACACAUGUUGUGCUCUGUGGUGGUAAUCCCAUGGGUUGCAUUAAUGCCCCGGCUUCUUAACAUGGCAACGAGGGUCUAUUCAUUGCAUUGUUUGUCAUUAUUAUUACGUGUUCACAUAGCAAGCAGCUUGCUUAAUGAGUCCUUACUCUACAUGACAGCUGUGGGUGGAUAGAGGGGAGGUUUAGCUUGUAGUCUACACCUUGAAGUUCUGAAGUUGUGAAAAGCUGGAAUCAAUUGGACAAACAUUAAUCGAAUUAGUAGAGUAUGUCCAGUAAUAUCAGAUGAAGAGCAAUUUACAGAUAUUAUUGCAUUCCAAAAUCAAAACCUUCAAUGUUUUCUUUUUUUUUUUUUAAUAUAUGAAUCGCAAUGUAACAACCUUUUUUUUUUUUAAGAUUCAAAUUUAGAAAAUAUUUUUUUCAAUAAGUUUUAUUAAAAUUAAAUGUUGCAUAUAAAAAAUGGAUAGCAUCCAGAACACUAAAUGGCACUUCUUCGCAUUGCAUAUUAAUAAGAAAAUAGGUAUAAGCAAUUUUAGCUAAGUCGGACAAAUUUUGUCCUUGUGAUUAUUUUUGUAAUUGAAUUUUAACUUUGGUGUAGAACAAGUAGAGGUACUUUCAUAGAAUGUACUUUUUCAUUGUGACUGAGAGAUCACUGCAGUACAAACAAAUCAAGACAUACAUUCAGCAAUUUCACAACAUAUACCCAUGAACAUGGCGUUAAAAAGUACACUGAAAUACAGAAAACACAAGCAAAUAAAGACACUCUACAAGUUAAAAAGGACACUAAAACCUGAUAAACUUCAAUGAUGUUUUAAAUUAAGUUCAACAUGUUAUAACGUGACAACAUUCUAAAUGUGCAACGCUAAUAUUAUUAGCAAUGUUGCUAUACAGUUGACCCACUAGCAUAAGCUACUACAAAUACUGUUGUGUUCAUCCAUUUUAGACAUCCCCCAUUGGUUAUCGUCUUGAAGCUUUGUUGCUCUGAACAGUUAGUAGUGUUUCUGUAUUUGAUUGUGUUUUUGGUAUUUCCUGCGUGUGCUUUUUAUGCCUUGUAUGUGUUGUCAAAUUGGCGAAUGCGCUUAAUUUGCCUGUGUUUCACUUUUUUUGAAGCGCUUCCUCUGUAAAUGUGUUUUGAUCACUCUAUAUGCUUGUGUUUUCUGAAGCUCUCUUCAGCACUGUACUUUUUGCUCUGACAGUAACCUCAGAUUGCAUUUGAGUCUUUUGGUUUUAUAUUAUACUUGAAGUGUAAUUUUUUUCAAUGUAUUUCUCUAGAAAUACCUUUAUGAUAUCAAUAUCAAUCAUAUCCCAUGAUUAAACUCACUUUUUAUGAAAACGUCACUAGCUGCCACUAGACUUUUACACUGAACACCACAGAAUGAAUGGAUUGUUAAGGACUUAAUGCUCUUGCUUGCUGUGUGGACACCCAAGAUUCAAUACUUUAUGGCCGUACAUUUGAUUGGAGUUUGUCAAUGUGCAGCUCGGAUUGCCACACAUUAACAAUGUGAUAGCUUUAAUAUAUCAUAGUCAUGCAUGAAGACAGCAUUCAGUCUUUCCAUAUUGAGAUUGUAGUUUUGGGGUUGUUCAAUGGCAUUUAAGAAGGUUCUUGUGAAAUGCAUUGUGCAUAUAUCACUUUUCCUGAGCAUAACGCUGUGCAAUCUGUGCAUUUUUAAAGUCAUUAGGUUUUUUUUCAAAACGGGCUGGGUGGGAGCAGUGGACAUAUUUUUAGCUUUUCUGUUGGAUGGGGCAGUUAGAUGUGUGCUACAAGAGUGAUAUUGCAAACAAUGAUCAAAGACGAUGUGUCCAACUCUCUCCAAGUGUUUAUUCUUCUGUGAAAACUUGAGUUAAUUUAAAAGUUCUGUACUCGCAAAGGAAUUACCACUAAGUUAACACUGUAUGCUGAUGACACUGUUUUGUGUUUGUUACAUGGAUGGGUAGGGGUGGGGACGGGUUCUGAUUAGGUUAGAUGUUUUACGGUCUGGUGUCUGAUAAAACUAUUAACUGACUUGUUAUCGUUGCUUUAUGAAUCACAGAGCAGAUGUCACUUCAUUUGUAAGACUGAGAUUGUGUGAUUUGUAUUUUACAGUGAGCACUAUUUCGCUUCAGUGACAUGUGGCAGCUUCCAUUUAAAUCAGACUUCAAAAUAUGUACUUGCCAAUAAAGGAAUAGAACUGAAUAUUGUCUUCUCCCUUAAGGCUGAUGCAUUAAUAUUUUAUUUGUGAAUAUUAAACCUUUUGUGGGGUGGAAUGACAGGAGUGUUUCUCUAAAUGUUUUAUUUACAAUAAUGCUCUAACAAAGGAACAUGAACAAAACAACAUGAAAACAACAUCUGAGUAGGUUUAAAUAUUCAGAAAUGGUAAAGAUUCAAUUGACGUAAAUAGCAGAAUGAUAUUUUAGGUUAUUGUAUUAUUUUAU